AUGGCGGCAAGGAAGAACCGGGAAUGGAUCCUGAAGCAAAGGCCCGGCCCGGAGGGCUUCCAGACGACUGACCUGGAGCUUCGCGAGUGCCGAAUGCCGGAAUGUCAGGAGGGAGAGGUUCUCUUGGCCACGCAUCUGAUGAGCAUGGACCCGACCAUGCGAAAUGCCAUGGCAGGAGAGGAGGCGGCUGAGCGAACCGAAGGCUCUGCAUAUUUCAAGAUGAUGAACUGGACACCGGGUUCUGUGAUCACAUGGCGGAUUGCAGGGCUGGUUCUGGAGUCCAAGGCCUAUGGGUUCUCCAAGGGCGAAAUGGUCUUCGCAAAUGCUCCGUGGCGAGAGAUCAAUGCCGUGACUCCUGAAAUGCUGCAGAAGAUGCCCGAGGGAGUGUCGCCCUCGGCAGCUUUCUCCUGCUUAGCCCUCACGGCCAUGACUGGCUACCUGGGUGUAAAGCAUGUGACUAGGCCAAACCCCGGCGAUGUGGCUUACGUCUCCGGGGCGGCAGGAGCUACAGGUUUGAUCGCCUGCCACACCCUCAAGCAGAUGGGAUGCCGCGUCAUCGGCAGUGCAGGCUCCGCCGACAAGGUCAAACAUCUGCAGUCGCUCGGGUUUGAGGCUUUCAACUACCGUGAUGAGAGCGUGCUCGCGGCCCUGAAACGUCUCUGUCCUGAAGGCUUGAAUGCAUGCUUCGACAACGUCGGCGGGGAAACCCUUGAGGCGGUGCUGGAGAUGAUGAAUGACACAGGCAGUGUCACACUCUGUGGCGCUAUCUCGCAGUACGAUGCAAAGCCCGAGCAGCGCUAUGGGGUAAGAAACCUCUUCCACAUCAUUGCCAAGCGCUUGCGCAUGGAAGGCUUUAUUGUGGGUUUCUUCCCUCCCGAGGCAAUGGCGGAGGCAUCAGAGACGUUGUCAAGCUGGUUGCGUGAGGGCAAGAUCUCGGACUGCUCCAGCUUUGUGGAUGGGUUCGAAAACUUGCCUGAUGGCAUCAUGGGCUUGUUCCGCGGCACGAACACAGGCAAGAUGUUGGUACGAGUUCCCCUCGAGCUUUGCAAGUUCUGA